GUCAAAUCGUAGGUCGUGUGUAAAACAUAAACAUAAAAAUAACAGCUGAUUAGUAUUUGCUCAUUAUUCAACUCGUAUUUUUCUUGGAUAUCUCUACUAUAAAAACGAAAAAAUGUCGGAGGAAAGAACUUCUGUAUGUUUCACGUGCCAAAGAUGCUCACAACCCUUAGCUCUGGAUGAUUCAUUUAGUAACAUAAGUGAACAUGAAAAGGCAGAACUGAAUUUACCAGUACACAGCAAUGCGGAAGUGGAUUUGGAAUCACAAAUUGCCAGUUUCGAUAAUUAUGUUCAUCCCUUCAGAUUAUCAGAAUCUGGUAACGGUGUUAAUGGAUUUUUAUUGGUAUCUGAUGAAGAUGAUGAUACCUCUCUUCCUAGUCAUAAAGCAAGGGUUUACACACAAUUGUUUGAUGUAAUUUCUGGAAAUUCUAAUAUAGACCAUCCGUUGUGUGAGGAAUGUGCAGAUUAUAUGAUGGAAAUCAUGGAACAGGAAAUAGAAAUGAAACAAACAGAUCUGAAGGAUUAUGAGGCAUAUUUGAAUAGGUUAGAGAAUGACAAGAAAGAACUAAAAUUAGGUGACUUAGAAAAAGAAUUGGCUGAGUUGAAGGCUCAAGAAGCAAAUUUCUUGAAAGAAUUGGAGUCUAUAAAUGUAGAAGAAAUAGAAUUAAAAGAGGCCAUUGCUAAACAGAAAGAAUUUGCUGAACAAUUAGAGAAGAACGAAAAAAAAUAUUAUAAAGAGCAUGCCAAACACUCUAAGGAUCUGAUGCGAAUCGAAGAUGACGGAAGAAGCCUUCAAAAUUCAAUGAACUUCACGACAAGUCAUCUUGAGAAGUUGAAGAAAACAAAUGUGUUCAACUCUACAUUCCACAUAUGGCAUAAGGGCCAUUUUGGUACCAUAAACAAUUUUUGUUUGGGAAGGCUGCCUUUAGUUCCUGUAGCUUGGUCAGAAAUUAAUGCCGCAUGGGGUCAGGCUGCUCUCCUGUUAUCAGCGUUAGCCAGAAAAAUUAAUCUCAAUUUUGACAGAUACAGAGUUGUGCCGUUUGGUAACCAUUCUCGUAUUGAGGUGAUUGGCAAACAGCAAGAACUGCCUUUAUAUGGAAAUGGAGGUGUGAGAUAUCUGUGGGACACAAAAUUUGAUAGUGCUAUGGUUGCUUUUCUGGAUUGUGUUCAGCAGUUCCAAGAUGAACUAGCAAAACAGGGAAAACCCUUUGUUUUCCCCUAUAAGAUACAUAGCAGCAAAGGAAAGAUAGAGGAUAAUGGAAUAUGUUAUUCAAUCAAGAUUCAACUCAAUUCUGAAGAACAAUGGACUAAAGCCUUGAAGUUCAUGCUCACCAAUUUGAAAUGGGGCCUUGCCUUUGUAACAUCUCAAAUUGGUACAGAAGGCGAGGAAAGUUAUAAAUAAGUACAUUAUCUCCGAACAAGUAUUAUCAUCAUUUAAGAUAUACUGGUAUUAUCAACUUGAAAAUAUACUUUUCAUUGUUUGUACCUCAUAAACAGUUCGAAAUAAUUAAUUCUGAAGUAAAAUUAAGUGUUCAAGAGAUAAAACUAUGAAUAAGAUGAAGUGUUACUCAUUUUGUAAUAUUUUUUGAGUUAGAAAUGAUACCUUUAUACUCCCUCUUUUAUCCAAAAUAAACGGAGUUCUUGAUAA